CUUUUCUUUUGUGCUUUCUUCUUUUUUAUAUUCUUAUAUUUUUCUUCCUUUUUGUUUAUAUUCCUACCUAUCAUCAAUUUAUUAUUUCGACUCUCUCUAUUCAGUAUAUACCAACAACAGCAAUGUCCCUACGACGAAAACCCAUCAAUUUUGAAAAAAAGUUUGCCGAAUUGGAAGUAUUAUUGGAUGCCAUCUUCUCGUUUUCCGCGCUUAAUGAAAUAUCUGGAAUGAAUAUGUAUCAGUAUCCUUUUUAUAUAUAUAUAUAUAUAUAUACCAGUGUCAUUAGAUCUCGUCAUGAUAUACGUAAUGUACUAAUUGAACCUGAAUCAUUGCAUUAAUCGUAUCUAGUUACGUGUUGCUAUGAUGGUUCGGGAUCAAAACUUCCGAUAACCGACUCUCCUAUAUAAUCCUUCACUCCUAUAUUACUUUGUUGUUCUUUGUUAUUAUAGACUUGUAUACGACAUGUGCAAUGCUAUACCUCGACCUUUUACUGAUAAAGUCUUUAAUGGAAUGGCGGAAUAUAUCGACAAACAUACUACUCAAGUCUGCCAGUCCAUUCUUGCCCAUGAUGAUAUUGUGACAUCUUAUGCAAAAGCGUUUGAACAAUUUGAAUUAGCAGCUGAUGAUGUUUCACGAAGUUGUUAUUAUUUGAAUCGUAUUAUUGCACCAAAAAAUUCCACGCAUGCUGGCCCUGAUCAUCGACCUUCUGCUAUAUCUGGUGGCAAAUAUAGAAAACAAAACAUAGAAGCGUUGGCCUUAUCAUUAUGGAAAUCAAAUGUACUGUUUUAUAUUCGAGAUCGGUGUCAAAAUCGACUAUUUUAUCAAGUAUUUGAAAUGAUUCGAAGGGACCGGGACGAAGAUGAUGCACUUCACAGUACCAUAAAGACAGUUAUCACCUCUCUAGUCAAUACCAAUACAUUCAUGGAACAACCUCUUCAAAUUUAUAUUGAAGAAUUUGAACGACCUUACCUGGUACAUACAAAACGAUAUUAUGAAGCGGAAGCAGCUAGGGAAAUAGCGGCAGGUUCCAUCAGUCAAUUCAUGAACAAAGCAUCACAGCGACUUUCUCAAGAAAUUAUGCGAAACAAUCAGUAUUGUCAUUCAACAUCUCAUAGUAGGAUCAUCAAAGAAUUUGAAGCACAAUAUAUCGCCGCCUAUCAACAUCGUAUUGUUGAUGAAUUUCACAACAUGUUGGAAAAAGAACGAUUUGAUGAUUGUACUUUGGCAUAUAAUCUGUUGAACCGAUUACCGGAUGGACUUAAACCUAUUUUGGACGUAUAUCAGGACUAUAUUUGUGGCCUUGGGAAAGAUAUCGUCUCUAAAUUAGGCUCCACAGUGAUGAAGAAUCCAAAAGCUUAUGUAGACCAAUUACUUGCCCUACACACCAAAUAUUAUCAAAUCAAUCAUCAAGUCUUUUCAGCUGAUCCUCUAUUUACAGCUGCUACCGACAAGGCUUUCCGAACCGUGAUCAAUGGAACAAUAAUCAAUUCAUCAUCGGACGGUCCCGAAACACUGGCUCGUUACUGUGAUAUGAUGAUGAAAAAGAAUGCUGGCAAACGGGAAACGACAUCUACAACAGCAACUGCGGAUGGCAAGAAAAAAGGGCCUUUACGAAAAACGGAUAUAGAUGAAGGUGAUGCAGAAGAAAAACUGACAAGAAUGAUAACUUUAUUCAAAUACGUCGAUGACAAGGAUGUUUUUCAAAAGUUUUAUUCCAGGAUGUUGGCCAAACGCUUGAUUUACAAUGCAUUGUCAUCUGAAGAAUUAGAAGCAAAUAUGAUCUCUCGACUCAAAGAAAUCUGUGGUGUGGAAUAUACAAGUAAACUCAAUAAGAUGUUCACUGAUAUAUCUCUAAGUAGUGAUCUCAAUGCCAACUUUAGAGAAUAUGUCAAGUCACAGGCAGAUACAAAACCAACAAAGGUGAACUUUGAUAUUCUUGUUCUCACUGCUGGUGCUUGGCCAUUGAAUCAAAAGGAUGAUCAAAAAUCUUCGCAAAUUCAAAAAUUACAUAUCCCAACUGAAUUUGAAAAAGGAAUUACUCUGUUUGAAAACUUUUAUGGGAAACAUCACAAUGGUAGAAGACUUCUUUGGCAAUGGAAUUUGGCAAGAGGCGAUGUUAGAAUGAAUCAUCUAGAUCGAAAUUAUGAACUUCAAGUUGGAUUAUAUCAAAUGAUGAUUUUACUUCUUUUCAACAAUGCAUUUUCGCUUACGGUUAACGAUAUAAUCGAGCAAUCUGGUUUAUCUCAAGCGGAUGUGACACGAAGUUUGAAGCCUCUUAUUGACCUACAAGUAUUAUUAUGCAAUGAUGCUUUACAAGAAACAUCUGAAAUUCGGUUAAACACUCAGUUUACAAGCAAACGAACCAAGAUCAAAGUGACGGUGGCGGCUCAACAAGAGACACAACAAGAAACUCAAGCAACAAGAAAGGCAGUGGAUGAAGAUCGAAAGAUGUAUAUUCAAGCGGCCAUUGUUCGUGUUAUGAAAUCAAGACAAACAUUAACGCAUGUACAAUUGAUCCAGGAAAUCAUAGAUCAAGCUAACUCUCGCUUCUCGCCUUCCGUCAUCAUGAUCAAGAAAUGUAUUGAACAACUUUUGGAAAAACAAUUCAUUGCUAGACAUGAACGUGAUACCUAUGUCUAUGUUGCUUAGUUUUAUAUGUAUAUCUGAAAUAAAGUUUAUCCUUUUUUUUUUGAAUUCUAUA